AUCUCUCUCCAGGUACUCCGCCGUGUGAAACAAAAAGUAAAAACCAUCCCGGCGACUCAUGAUAUCAAUGAUCAUGAUUCGUCAAUACGAUAACGACCCAAAAGAUUGAAAAUUUUGAUUCAAAUUCAUCAUAAUGUUGGAUUCAUCAUCAAACAGAAGGAUCUUCCCGCAAGGAAGAUACAUGAUGUUUGCUUUCGUUUUCAUCACCUUCUUCGUCCUCAUUUCGGUGCUUUCCAUCUUCAUUAUUCCUGUAAGCAGUUACAAUUUCAUUCAAUACAAUCAAUCUCAAGUUUCUGCACUCAUUUCACGUUUGCUCUCCAAUUCCACCGUCAGUUCCCCACAAUUUGCCCGGAAAUUUGAUGGGUUUUCCAGGAGAGAUUCUUGGUUUUCGUCGAAUCAUAAUUUUAGCUCCGGGAAAACAAUGGCGAAACCAUCUAGUAAUGAUCAGAUUCCCAAAAGAACAAAUGGGGUUUCAGUGGAAGCUCCUUCUCCAAACGGGUUGUCAUUUAAUCAUGAUUUUAGCUCUUGGAAAAGUAGAAUUAUGCCACCAGAUGAUGCUAGGGUUUCCGAGAACCCAAAUGGGUAUCUGAGGAAAGUAAAAUCCCCUCAAGGGUCUGUAACAAAUAGUCAUAACCAAUCUAAUCUAAUUGGAAAGCUAGAAUCAUUGGUUUUUUCAAAAAAUGUUGAUGUUGAAGAAGAGAAGAAGAAAAGGAAGAGACACAGAAAGAACUGGAUAGAGAAGAUGACUCACUGUAGGUUCUUCAAUGGAAGGUGGGUGGAGGAUCAUACACUCCCUUUAUACAAACCCGGAUCUUGUCCAUUCAUUGGUGAAUCUUUUGAUUGUUUUACGAAUGGAAAACCCGAGAUUGCAUACCAGAAGUAUCGAUGGCAGCCUUAUGAGUGUAACCUACCAAGGUGGAACGGCAAGAAAAUGCUGCGAUUGUUGAAAGGAAAACGGUUAGUAUUCGUGGGAGAUUCUUUGAACAGGAAUAUGUGGGAAUCAAUGGUUUGUAUGCUGAGAAGUGUAGUUCAUAACAGUAGCAACGUUUAUGAAGCUGCUGAUUGGAAAGAUUAUCGUUUAGCGAAGUCCUACUCGAUGAUAUUUAGAGAUUACAACUUUACAGUGGAGUAUUAUUCAUCUCCAUUCUUGGUUCGAGAAUGGAAGAUGCAAAAUGCAAAUGGAUCAACAAAGGAAACACUUAGACUAGAUCUUGUUCAUAGAUCAUCAGAUCUGUAUAGAAAUGCAGAUAUUCUUGUUUUUAACACAGGGCACUGGUGGACUCAUGAGAAAACAUCUGCAGGGAAAGGUUACUACCAAGAAGGUGACCAUGUCUACAAGCAAUUGCACGUAAUGGAGGCGUUUAGAAAAGCCAUGACGACAUGGGGACGAUGGAUAGAGGCCAAGGUCUCAAGGAAGACCUUAGUGUUCUUUAGAGGCUAUUCGUCUUCUCAUUUCAGCGAUGGGCAAUGGAACUCUGGAGGCCAAUGCGACAAAGAUAACGAACCCAUUGUACUAGAAAAAGAUCUACCUCAUGAAAACAAUCGGGUUAUGAUGGAAGCAGCAGAAGCUAUUUUGACGAAAAUGAAAAUUCCAAUAUUGUACCUCAACAUUACAAGAAUGUCGGAGUAUCGUAGGGAUGCACACCCAUCGAUCUACAUGAAGCCAAACAUGACGAAUGAGGAGAGGAUGACUGUGUUCAAGUUUCAGGAUUGCAGCCAUUGGUGUCUUCCUGGAGUUCCUGAUACGUGGAACGAGAUGUUGUACGGGCAACUGUUGUUGAAAUAUCGACAACAGUUGUUAAAAUAUAAACAAUAAUUAGUAGACGGAGAAAUCAAACAUAGGAAGUUAAAAUAGGUUGUCUAACAAAACAUAUUUGUACACUAGACUUGUAGGUUCUUAGAUAACAAAGAAGGUUCUUUUUUGGCUGUUA